CUGGGCCCCACGUUCCCACCACUUCUCUCUCAGACCUAAAAGCGAAACCAAAGAACAAAAAAAAAAAAAAGCCUUAAACCCUCCGAAUCUACACAACACAACACUACUCUCUUCUCUCUCUCUCCGCCUCCAUAUUAUCCUCCAAAGAAACCAUAAACCAAAUCUAAUCCUCUCUCUCUCGGUCUCCUCCAUUACCUAAACAAACCCUUUCCAACACAUACAUAUCGAGAGAGAGAGAGACCGAAGUUUCCGAGUCUCGUAACCAGAUCGGAUCCGAAAGUUCCAUACUUUAAAAAGAUGCAGACACCAAACAACAACGGUUCAACAGAUUCAGUGUUACCACCAACAUCAGCCGGAACAACACCACCACCACCGUUGCAGCAAUCAACACCACCACCGCAGCAGCAACAACAACAACAGUGGCAACAACAACAACAAUGGAUGGCUGCGAUGCAGCAAUACCCUGCAGCUGCUAUGGCUAUGAUGCAACAACAACAGAUGAUGAUGUAUCCUCACCCUCAAUACGCUCCUUACAAUCAAGCUGCUUAUCAACAGCAUCCUCAGUUUCAAUACGCUGCUUAUCAACAGCAGCAGCAGCAACAUCACCAGAGUCAGCAGCAGCCACGCGGUGGAUCUGGUGGUGAUGAUGUCAAGACUCUUUGGGUUGGUGAUCUUCUUCAUUGGAUGGAUGAGACUUAUCUCCAUACCUGUUUCUCUCACACCAAUGAGGUUUCUUCUGUGAAAGUUAUACGCAACAAGCAAACUUGUCAAUCUGAAGGAUAUGGGUUUGUUGAGUUUCUUUCACGUUCAGCAGCUGAGGAAGCUCUUCAGAGCUUUAGCGGUGUUACAAUGCCGAACGCGGAACAGCCUUUCCGUUUAAACUGGGCAUCUUUCAGUACUGGUGAGAAAAGAGCAUCAGAGAAUGGUCCUGACCUAUCCAUAUUUGUUGGAGAUUUGGCUCCAGAUGUGAGUGAUGCUGUCUUGCUUGAGACUUUUGCUGGUAGAUAUCCAUCUGUCAAAGGUGCUAAAGUUGUGAUUGAUUCCAACACUGGGCGUUCCAAAGGUUACGGGUUUGUUAGGUUUGGUGAUGAGAAUGAGCGAUCAAGAGCUAUGACAGAAAUGAAUGGUGCUUUCUGUUCAAGCAGGCAAAUGCGUGUUGGUAUCGCAACCCCGAAAAGGGCUGCUGCUUACGGCCAACAAAAUGGUUCACAAGCUCUUACACUUGCUGGUGGACAUGGAGGGAAUGGUUCAAUGUCUGAUGGAGAAUCAAAUAACUCAACAAUAUUUGUUGGCGGUCUUGAUGCUGAUGUUACUGAAGAAGACCUCAUGCAACCUUUUUCCGAUUUUGGGGAGGUUGUUUCAGUGAAGAUCCCAGUAGGGAAAGGAUGUGGCUUUGUCCAAUUUGCUAACAGGCAAAGUGCUGAGGAAGCCAUCGGGAACUUGAACGGGACAGUCAUUGGGAAGAACACUGUCCGCCUUUCAUGGGGAAGAAGCCCCAACAAACAGGUACAAGAAAAUUUUAGUUGGAUUUGUGUUUUUAAACAUUAUAUGCAUUUCUAUUGGUAUGGUCCUAUGGUCCAGGUCAAACUUAGCUUUAGAGUUCUUUUGGGUCUUUAUAUUUCUGUCUUCAUGGGGUGGAUAAAGUUAUAGAAAUCCUUAAAGCCAAAGUCAGUGGUUGACAAUGGAUAGUAGUAGGUGUAUUGCGGGCCAUAAAGACCUAGUGGAAUUUACCACCUUCCCACGGUUUUCGUUGACUAUAUCUAUUGGCAAAUCUAAUGCAUAUCACCUUGGCCCACUUAUCAUCUCCCUGAAUUAUCCAAUCUCUGAAAUAAUAGUAAUGGUUCUGUGUUUCUUAGGAUUGAGAAAAUUUACAGCUAUUAAGAUUCAUGAGCUAGUUGAAGCAUGUACUGAUGUUAUCGUUUAUCUUUAGAGUGGAGAAGUGACUCUGGCAACCAAUGGAAUGGAGGAUAUUCAAGAGGUCAAGGAUACAACAAUGGAUAUGCCAAUCAGGACUCAAACAUGUACGCUACUGCAGCGGCUGCAGUCCCGGGAGCUUCUUGAAAGUGUUGGUAUGUCUCUAUCAUCAGAAACCCUGUGAGUCCUGGACUUACGGGUAUUGGGAUAAAAACAAACCGUUGGGUGAUCAAAGUGAUCCAUCCGAUGAUAGUUGUUGGUUCAGAGGUUAGCUCGCACCAUCGAAACUAAAACCUCUAGUGUCCAAAGAGGGUUUUGUAUCCUGGAUUUGAAUCUUGCUUAUCUUGCUGUCUCAGUCUCUGUCAAAAUUUUGGGGUCGUCUGAUACUUGAAUUUUUUAUUUUCAGUUUUUUUUUUGAGUUAAUUUGUCUUUGUUACUGAGACUUCCUCAAAGUCAGAGCUUGGUCCACAAUAAGUAAUUUCCUAAAUCGUUUGGAUCAUUUAUUAGUGUGCACUUUGCAGUGCUUUGAUAGUUUUACUUCUUUAGAGUAGUGUUUGGUUUCGAUUUAUUCCCAUCU